CACGACGCAGGUGGCGAGCUACCUUCGCGAACAGACGCCGAUGCGGGCCGACGCCCAUCCGUACCGACCUCGUCCUCGGACCAACGUCGUCCGCCAGCUCCUUGGCCGCGAGAAGCUCGGGGUGCCACGGGUGCUUCGGCCGCUGGCGCGAAGGACGUGGGCGCUGCGCGACGUAGCGCUUCGUGAGGAGCAGGCGGUGGUCGUGGGCUUUAGCAGCGACGGGCUCUUCCUCUUGUAUUACUCGUACUGGGGCCAUGAGCUACGCCUCUUCUGGCGCGUCUUCGAACCGUCGGGCGAGAACGUCGUGCCCGUAGCCAUCGCCGUGCGUACGAGCGUCGGGCCAUGGGCGCCGCUUGCUGCGACGGCCGAGCUCCCAAACGCAGCCGCGCUGUCGCUCGACGACCGCGAGCUGCACGUGUGGCAGAGCCUCCGCGAGCAAAUCGUCGUCGCGAUCGCGUGCUCGCCCAAUCCUCACGCGCCGUGGUUCAUGACGCUCACACCAGCGCCUUUACAGGCGUCGUCGCCGUCGCUUCGGACAGUCUCGAGCCUUCGCCUGCGAUUGGCAACGCCCCAUGCGCCCAAGCACGCGUGGACCUUCCUCGGAGGUGGCUGCAACCAACUACUCCUGCACCUCGGCGCCACCCUCGUCGUGCUGGGGCUCGAGCUCAGCGGAGCGCAGGCGCCCACGCCGACAAUGACCCCGUGGUACGCGCCCUCCGAGUACGCCCUCGACAUGGUCGCUAUCGCCGAGCCCACGCCGUUCCCAAAUGCUCGUCGAACGCUGAGCCUUCAGGCGAUCUAUCAAUGGACGUUCGACAUCGAGACGUUCUUGCGAACAUGGCUCGACAGCGUUCCCGCCCUCGCACCGCGCUCGCUUCUCGACUAUGCACUCGCUCUCAUCGACGAGGCGCCUGCCACGGUCGCGCCAGGAAGCUCCUACAUGGCGUGCGUGCUCGACGUCGCGCGGCCACGUACUCGGCUUGCGCUCUUCAUCUACUGGAACACGGUCAGCGGCGCGUCCGACGUCCUCCGUGUCCUCCAGCGGCCGCCCGCCGGCGACGUGCGCAGCAGUCUACCGUCGGUCCGCGACAGCUUUCUCAUGCACCUGGCGAUGCACGCGCCCGUGCCACAAUCGUCAUGGUGCUACUGGUCCAACGCAAGCGUCUUGCGUCAAGUGUCGCUCCACACCGUGUCCAACGCCGUCUUCCCGUUUGACAUUCACCUCUGCGAUGCGUCGUCCUAA